ACUGCAUCUGCUCUCUAAUACCUCAGCACUUAAUGCCAAAGCCAUUAACAACUGUUGUACUUCAUUCCACAAACAGGAAGUGCUUCAUUACAGCAGCUCACUGACCUCCUGUCGGCUCUGCGUAUUACAAUAGCAGCAGGUAAAGCCUAUCAUGUCUGUAAAUCACACUGACACCACAAAGCAACGCAAACAUGUCUGCCAACAUGACAUCAGCCCUCCUGCCUCUCUAACUCCCAGGGGGUAAAACUCUAUUGCCUGACCUAGUCACUCUAGUAAAUUCAACAACAUACAUUGUGGAUAUAAAUAUAGUACCUUCCAUUAUGUCCAAACGUUUGCAUCAUGUAUUUAUAUGAAUCAAUAUUCUUUACGGAUGAUAAAAUAAAAUGAUUGAGAAAAAAAAUGUAUAGGCCUACAGUGCUUCUUUAAAUGUUACAAUGGAAAAUAAUUAAGAAAAACUUGAACAAACUGAUUCUACGCAAUGGCUAUGACUAAACAACGCUAUCAGAUGUAUUACAACAGUUUUUAAAUUAUUAUCGUAUUAUGUAUGUGUAACUAAAGCAACAGACGUCUCACUUGAUUUCCUGCAGUCUAGGGAAUAGGAAACUGUCAGCCUUCAAAAUAAACCAAAGUCUUGAGAUAAUUUCCUCUGGCUGUGAUUACAGCUGUGACUAGCGAGAACCAGGCGAUUUAUGACGCAGAAAUGCCAGAGAAGUGAUCAAUGAGGGUCAUAGACAUUUGUCUGCCUAUGAUGAGGGUGCUUGACCACGAAUCUGAAAGUAUGGUAAUAAAGUUAUUAGCCUAUACUUUGAAAUUUAGAUGCAGUCACAUAAUUUUCCUCUUUAGUAAGCCAACUGUAAAAUAGAAGGUCAAUAUAUUUUUUUAUUUUAAGUAUGCAAUCUAAAAAAGCGAAAUGUAUUAAGUCACAUAUUUCAGAAGUGUCUACAUUUCCAUAGAGGAAGUUUACGUCAUUUAGCUUUACUUGUCAGCUCAGUCUCCCGCCACACACUCAAUGAUAAAACACAGCUUUAUCAGAACUUCGGAAAUUGAUGAGACGAGCUAUAUAGAACUUAAACAGGCUGACGAUUGGAAAAACUCGAUGAUCACACUGGCCUCCGGAGUUCGCUUUCGGGAAGAGCAGAUGGCCUGCGAGUUGUACUUGAGAGAGAUAGCCAGCUGCAUUGAAGAAGAAUGCCCUUCACUCAAGACCGCAAGGAAGAUGGAAAGUAAGAAAAAGAAGAAAUCCAAAAAAAUGAAAAAAGAAAAGGACAAAAGCAAGGGGAAGCCUUCACUCUGUCUUAGCUAUGGUGAAGACCACCACUCAAGGAAGAUAAAAGAUCUGGAGAAAAAGAGAAGAAAGGAUAAGAAGUUGAAGAAGAAGAAAAAAUCAGCUUUACAAGACAAAUCUGCACUGCAACCAGGCGAUAUACCCACACAGUCAAAAAAGGUCAAUCCGCCUCAUGAGGUAACUGACAAGAGAUACACAGAUCAUCACCCCAUCCAGACCCAAGAACUUGGAAAUAUGAAUAAAUGUGUACCAAAGGCUAUGAAAUAUGUUGGUCAAGAUAUAAAUCUUGUCAAAGUCCGACCUAAAAAGAGAGUUCUCUUUGAUUUGUCACCAAUGGGUUCAAUGGUAACAAAAUGCUGUGAUGCACCACGAUAUUGCUCCAAUACCACAUUGAUUGGCACUGGUAAGGAACAUGAAGCUAAUCCACCUAUAUUCCAAGCAGUCAAGCAGUGUGAGGAAUCCCAGGGAAGCACUGAAUACAUAAAUAGCCAGGAUCUGUUCAUAACACAGAAUAAAUUUCUAUCUCCAUCGCUUAUCUCAGGGCCCAGUGAUGAAGUGACUUCAACACCUGAGUUCAAACAGACAAAGUCACAACAGCCAUUUCAAGAGCUACUGGCAACUGUUGCAUGGAAGUCAACAGUUGAAACUGCCACUCAGACAGAGAACUUCUUCACAUCUACAGAACUGUCAACCUUUCUUCAUUUUCAACUCAAUACAAUGAACAAGUGCACUGAGCCACCUGUUGACCUGAGCUUGCCCCACAGAGAACGAGGACAGAAGACUACCAGCAUAGUGAGAGAGGAGAGUGACAUGCAUCAGCGGAACAAAACAGAUCUUACUCAGCUCAAAGUUGUGCAAAUGCGCCUAAAUGAAUCCUUCUUUUUUAAGAUGAAAGGAGAAAAAAAAGAGUCCCCAAAGUCACAAUGUCCCUUAAUGAAGCUCGAAGAGGACUACGGGAAGAAACAUAAAAAGUGAACAUUUACUGAAAAUUGAUUAGCUUGAUUUCUUCAUGACAAAUUCAACAUUUCAGAAUUAACAUGCUGGUUUAGCUUUCGUUUCAUGUCAUUUUGAAAUAAUUUCAAACACU